AAAUAGCAUAGAGAAUAUUUUGAUGAAAACAUUUGCAUAUGUUAAUCAUAUAUAAUUUGUUUACUUGACCGGUCGGCCUUUGAUGAAAGGAAAUGGGCACAGAAAAUAUAUAAUAUAAUAAAUUAUUGAGGUUUCUUAGUCCUUUAUAUAGAAGUAACUAAGAAAGUAGUUGCGAGUAAAUUAAAUGGUGAAGUCCUUGAGUAAUCAAUAAAAGUUAAGUAAUUAGAAAAAGUGAUGAACAAAAAGAUGAAAGCAUCAGUAAGCUCAAUAGUAAUCACAUUUUGCAUCAUUGGUGCCUUGUCGGAAGCAAAGCCAGCAGGUAGAGUAAAUGCAUCACUCUUGAAGCACCACAGAAACAGAACCCGAACGCAGCCGCAGCCGCAGCCGAAUAGGCGUGGUGGUGGUGGGUGCAUUUACUCACUGACCAUCAGCACAAGCUGCGAUUCGCCGACGUAUACGAGGGAUUCAAUCAGCCUUAGAUUACGCGACGUUGAUGGGAAUGGAGUAUACGUUGCAAGGCUGGAGGAUCCAUCAUCAGGGAGGUUCAGUAGGUGUAGAAAGGACAGAGUAGACUUGUACGGGGGACCAUGUAUCAAGCAGGUGUGCUACGUAGAACUGUACAGAGAUGGAGUUGAUGGCUGGAUUCCAGAAACACUCACCGUAUCCGGAUACAGAGCGCUUCCCAUGACCUUUCACUUUCAUAACUUCAUUCCACGCGGUGUUUGGGCUCAAAUUAACAAGUGUAGUCCUUAUAAUAAUAAUUACUAACAGAAUAACCUUCUCAUUUUUUGACUUUUUGUCAUUUAUAUGGCGAUAAAUCCAUUUUGCUCAUGCACUGCAUUUUCACCUUUGCUCCAUAAAUAAAAGAUGAUGAAAACUCAGAUGAAGUUAAGUCGACUUUUCGUGAAGUUGAUAUUUGAGAGCUGGUAAAUAAAAAUUUAGUCAAAUUAGUCAAAUCAUCUAACGGUUUUCAAGUAUCAACUUCACGUGAAUUCGACUGCAGUUGAGUUUUCACCGUAAAAGAUAGGAUACCAACACAAUGACUAAUUGAGUUAACCAACUUAGUGGGUAACUCUUGCAUAUCAAUCCAUGUGUCUACAUUAUUCAAGGUCUAUGUCAACAUACACAUAGAUUUCUAUGAAAAUAAACACAUAAGAAUA